AUGCGCAAAGCUAUCAAAAAGCUUUUAGAAAAUGGUCCGGUUAAAGCAGAGGAACUUGAAAGAUUUCAGGAAGGGUUUUGGGAGCAAAUGGUAGAAAGCUUCUCCCCUUCUCUUAAAAUUCUUGACAUUCACGAUAUCAGUCGCCACAGUGUUCUUUGGAAUAUAAAUGACCGGCUCUUGGAAGUUGUUAAAUCACGCAUUCAGGAGAUUCCUGCUGGUUGUGACAAAAAUAAGAGUCUUUGGAAAAAGCUUCUCACCAAUGCUCCUUCUUUAAUACAUCAUCAAUAUAUGAGGCCAACCAUUAUGAUGGUUCUUAGCAAAGUUCCUAACAUCAGGGAAAAGUAUAUUAACAUUAUAGUUAGUGAUGAGGCUCUUUAUAAUGACACCCCUCUUCCUGUCCUACGACAAAUCUGGAUGAACAAAAAUAACACAAAAUUCAAGGAGGAAGUGAUGAAGUUGAUUCAAAAUUAUCAGAAUGCCUAUUCGGAUGGACUUCUUGAAGCUGUUUUAUCUUCGAUUACCUGUUCGUGUGUUGAUACCCUCCCAAUGUUAUUUUGGGCUCCUCGCAGGCGACGAAAGGAUCCAAGUUUACUAAAAUUAAUUGAAAUGAUUGGCGAUAAUAACGUUUUAUACGAAAAGACCCUCCAAAUUUUCCGCGAAGAGUAUGCCAAAUACCAACAGUCGAUUGAGCAAACAGCCACACGCAGGGCUACUUUGUCUUCAUCAGAAAUGCCUAGCAAACCUACUGGGAAGAAGAAAGAAGAGCCCGUGCCACCAGUUCAUUUUACAUUUAUUCCUCCUGCUUUGCUUCCCUCUGUUCAAUCAGUUUCUUCCUCAGUUCUCUGUGCUCUUCGUUUUGACUUACUCAUGGGUUUGAAUGAUGCGAAAUUAGAGAGCAUUUUUCAGUCAGAUAAAAUUCAUCGAUUUGUCUGGGGAAUGGACGCUUGUAUUAAAAACAAGGAAAUCGAUAGACGUCAUGCAAAGGAUUUAGUUGCAACUGUUGGUGGUCAACAAUAUCGAUACACUUCUGGUCGUCACGUAUCAAUUUCUGCCCUGAUUGGAGAAAUGGGAUUAGAUCAAGAUACUUCAGAUGAUUGGGUUCCCGAUGCGGAAGAAAAACCUGGUACUAGCUCUAGUCGAAAGAAGGCUUCCAAGUCGGCCCCAAAAUCCGGUGAGAAGCGAUCGAUUGCUGAUGUAGAAUCUGACACAGAAGCGUCUGAAAAGGGAAACCACAGAAUUAGAAUUGAUCUUCAAAUGGUCUGUCGUGAUCCUUGGGUUGUCUAUACGAUAUGUUCAACUCUUCUGAAAAUUGUCAUCAAGAAUGGUCUGAGUGAGGAUAAAUUACCCAGGAACCUUCCUGAUGUUCCAUUCCUUGUAAAUCUGCUAAUGCGUGGUUUGGAGAAUGAUUUAACUCCUCCAGAAAUCGUUGCCCCUAGAGAUAUAUCAAAUAAAGGCGAACCGAAGAACAAACGUGCUCGCAAACAACAGCAGAUUGAAACACCACAAGUUCAGCCUUUAAAACUUGAUUCCUCGACGGCUUUGAUCACUCAAGUCUUACCGGCCGCGGCGGAGCUUCAUCUUAUAACCUGGAAAAAUCAGCUUAAUGAAAAGAUUCGCGCUAUUGCUAGUCAAAUUUGGUCUAAAACGGGGUCUACGGAGAUUCCUGGCCAGUGGCAGAGGAGGCUUGAUGCGUGUCAGAACACACCUCUGACAGUCUCUCCAUCCUACUUGGCUCACCCAGUUGGUCACCUCUUUCUGCAAUAUCACGCGCUCUUCGCUCUCGAAAGGCGAGAAUGGAACGUCCUCCGAGCUCUUCUCAAAGCUGCAGCAUCUGCCGCCAAGCCGUCUAAGGCUACCCCAAAACUCCAGACGGGGAUUAAUACAACUUCCAAGGCUCAAACGCAGUCUGCGAUUGUCACAACCGUUGGAUUCCGGUGGCGUCCGGAGUGUCUACAAGCCAUUGCUCUUGGCAUAGCCUCUUCGCCUGAUAGAUUAGACGAGGUCCAAAAGAGUAGUUCCCGCAGAAAUGACGAUGUUAUGCCAGGCGCCAUAGACAAACCAGGUGGAGUCAAAGGCACCGUUUCAGAAAUCCCCACUGUAAGCGUGGAGUCUUUAGCUGCAGAGCCUCUUGCCAACUCUCCUGUGACUAGAGCUGAGUUAGCAAGUCUCUUGAGGACUAGCUUACCUCUCCAUAGUGAUCUACAACUCAUUGUUCUCGCUUUGUGCGCAAAACUGGUUCCAUUGACACCGAGUACGCCUACUACCCCCGGAUCGGCGGGAGCAGCUACUCCCAUGCCAAAUUUCUUUGUUUCUACAGGAGGAGAUUUACCUUUCGCCGUUCCUCGGUCCACUGGCAGUAGUGAGAGGGAGAGAAUGAUGAAUGCGCUCUCAAGGCAUAUUGAAUUUACUGCAACGGGAGAAGGUGAGGAGAACCCAGUUACUUCGCCGUCGGGUACCACAGGGACGAACGCAAGUGGUGCUGGUGCAAGUUUCAAAUCGACGAAUCCGAAGGUACUGGAGGCAUUCGAAUGGCUAAAGAAGAAUUUCGAGAGGGCUACUUCUUCUGGGAUUAAUCCAAUGAUGGGAACCUCGAAACCAGCCUGUGGAAAGGCAAUGACCCCCUUAAGUCCCCUUGGCGGUUCAAUGCCUCCUCAAUACGGAAUGGCAUCUCCCAGUCGUUUAAUGCCCCCUCCAUCCCGCUUUGCCCCGAGAACAGCCCGCUAUGCUCCCAACGCUUUCCCUAUGGCAACACCGCUUACCAAUCCAGGUCUGUCUAUGCCACAACCUUCAGCCAGUAGUGGUGGCAGUCAUGGGCCUUUGAGCCCCUUGGCUGAAUAUCGGCCUUCACCUCUUGGUGGAGGUACUUAUCCCUCAUAUGCUACUCCGUUAUCUUCUACUACUGAUGAUGGAGGAGAUUUGAGGCGUUAUACUGCAGUGGCACCGGAUCCAAUUGGAAAUCGAUCACCUUCGCCACCGUUGCCACCUCCGGCAACGCAGUACCACUCUCCACCCUCACCCUAA